GAAGCGGAGACCCUCAGAGUGGCCUCUUGACUUUCUUUAUGCUUCUCACCUUUUUGUGCGCAGACUCCUCUCCACGCCACAUGUGUCACACCGUGGGGGAAGCUCUGCAGUGGAAAGCACAGAAGAAGGAAACUUUAGAAACUCUACGCAAAAGAAACUCAGCUGACCCACUGAUGAGCUCACAAUGAAGCCGCUGUUCAUCCUCCUCAUUUUCUCUGCCUGGACAUUUAUUGGAGCCCAGUACUACUAUCAGGGACUUAUGGAUUAUUUGGAAAACAGACUGUUGGCCAUUGAGGACCGCAUGCAGUUCUGGAGUGAGCAAUACCACCAGUACCACACAGAGAUGCUGGCCUUCAAAGAGCUCACUGCCGUGACCAUAGACGGGCUGAAGAGUGACCACAGCAACAUGUUCAAAGACCUGGAAGGAGCUUCGCUUCGAGUGGACCUGGCGGAGAAAGAAAUGGAUUACGUGGAGAUCCAAACUUCCCCACGGGCCUGUGCCAACAGGGCGGACAAGGUGGUGGAGCACGAGGCCUGGGGGCUGCAGGACAGAGAGGAGGAGGAGGACGGGGACUGGGAGGACCUGCAGUCCAAAGUCUCAGACUGCGUGGAAAUCAUCUCUGGCAUCAGAUCAGUGAAGAUCCUGAAGAGAGUGGGCAGUCCCAAGGGCAUGUGGACCAGGGACCCGAGGUCGUCCAAGGUUUACGUCUUCAACGGCACAUCUGGAGAUACCGUCUUCCAGUUUAACUCGGUGCGGGACUUUUCCCGCUCUCUGGGAGUCGAGGGCACCACGAGCAUCCAGCUUCCCUCCGAGUGGAGCGGCCCCGGCAGUGCCGUCCACAACGGCUACUUGUACUACGUACAGCAGGACACGGAUACAGACGUGCAGGUGGUCAAAUACGAUCUGCUGAACGGCUCUGUGACAGAGGCCGCCAUAUUCCCCGUGGAUAGCCACGCCAGUCUCUACAGCCUCAACCCAGAGACGUUUGCAGACCUUGCAGCGGACGAUCAAGGCCUGUGGCUUCUCUACGCCGCCAGUGACAGUGAACCGAAUAUCAGCCUGGCAAAAAUGGACACGGCUACACUCGAUAUAGAGGAAAUCUGGGACACUCGGUGCCCACGGGAAAAUGCGGAGGCGGCUUUUGUGAUCUGUGGGAUUGUUUAUGUGGUGUACAACACUCGGCUGGCCAGCCGUUCCCGGGUCCAGUGUCUGUUUGACGUCAACGACAUGGUGGUCAGCCAGGAAGCUCCUCUGCUCUACUUCCCCAGGAGGUACGGCGCCCACGCCAGCCUCAAAUACAACCCCGAGGAGAAGCAGCUCUACGGCUGGGAUGACGGCUAUCAAAUCAUCUACAGACUCACUAUGAAGAGGAAACUCUUGGUGUGACAACAUCUUCUUUUCAAAAUCAAGAACACAGCGGCCAAUUUCUAUGCAUUUCUUAAACUUUUGCAGUGUUUUCUUCUAUUGUUUCGUGAGAAAAAAAAGAAUCAUCACAUCAGUUUUGCCACAUCUUGAUAUUGAAGCAUUGAAUCUUGUGAUAUCCACUGAUUUCCUGCCUGUGAGGGAGUGGUGCACCCUAUAAUGUAAUAACGGAUAUUGUAAUAACAUUUUUACCAAUAAUAUAAUACCUUAUUACGUUAUUGGGAAUUUAUCACAUGGAACUCAAAGUCUGCAAUUUAACCCAAUAGUCAUUCAGGUGUUUCAAAUCCAGCGUAUAUAACAUUCUUAGAUUCUUAAAACAAAAUGUAGAACUCUGGACUGAAAAUGAACAUAUAUAUAUAUAUAUAUAUAUAUAUAUACAUUAUUUGUCAAGUAUUACAUUAUCAGUUUUGGAAAAAAAAGAAAGACCCACCUGAAAAUGUAAUAAAUUCCCAAUAAUGAAAUAAGGUAUUACAUUAUUGGUAAAAAUGUUAUAACAAUAUCUGUCAGGAUAUUUUAUUACAUUAUUGGUGAAGUUAUUACAUUAUUGGAUUUUAUUAGAUUUUCGAUUGAGUUAAGUGCAAAUUUUAUUACAUUUUCAGGCGUUAUUACAUUUUCAGGCAAUUAUUACAUUAUAGGAAAUUAUUACAUUAUAGGGUGAAAUUAUUACAUUAUAGGAAAUUAUUACAUUAUAGGGUGAAAUUAUUACAUUAUAGGGUGCUACAGGGAGGAAAAUAAUCUUGAAGAAGCAUUCUUAGUUAAGUAAUGUGGUACAUUUUUGUAUUUCUGCAUUGAGAUAAACAAGGUUACGUUAUUCCUACUUGAAUAAAAGUUUUGUUUUGCAUGCACAAACUUCUUUAUGAUCUUUUAGCCUGGUAGCCUUUUGUAGAAGUUUUUAUAAAUAACUAGAUUUCUUUUCCAAACACCAUCUGACACCACUCCGACCAUGUUCCCAUACCUUACACACCUAAAACAGACAUAACAGCACUAAAGUUUGGAAUAGGCAUUACUUAUACUGACUACAGACCCUUUAUAAGUGCUAAACCGAGUGCAGAUAACGGAUAUAAUGAGUGAGAUAUCCACAAACACAAGAAAACAUUUAGUUUCUCACAGGCUGUGAAGUGAGUGCAGACUGCAGAGCUCUUUUUGCAUAAGCUUUUUAAUGAAAAACAAGAAAAUCAUAUCAUAUACACAUCAAGUUUCAUGGGGGGAAAAAUAAAAACUAAACAAACAAAAACCAUAAUUUUUUUGAUGAUAACUUUCAGACUUUGAAGACAAAAGAAUGACAGAUUGUGGCGUAAAUACUGUUUUCUUUUUUAGCUAACUACUAUACACCUGAUCACUCUCAUCAAUGGAACUGACAAUGAUCUACCGCCUAAAUGCAAAGAAACAUUUAUCUGAGCCAACAUUUUUUCCAAAUAUUUCUAUUAUUACAAGUACAAAAUGUUCAAUAAAAAAUGUAAAAUUCAGUGCUAUUAUAACAGCUGGAAGGAAUACAAGAUCAUAUCAAGAACCACUAGAAUAUUAGGCAAAGAUAGAAGGUCUUGAGACGGUCAUUGAUCUAACAGGUUCCAUCUACUAUGAAAACACACCACAUUGUCAGAAAAAUAGGACCGUCAUAAAAUACCAGUAUAUAAACAAGGAACAGAAACAUUAUUAUUAAACCACUUGUUUCAUCUUGUACACUUAGAUAUUAGAAAUCUAAUAAUGCCAUAAAUUGAGAGGGAUUUCCCCAUUGGGAUGAUUGUGUGUGAGAGGUGAUGCAAUGACGUAUUACAGGACUGGCUCAGAAAAUUAGAAUAUUGUGAUAAAGUCCCUUAUUUUCUGUAAUGCAAAAAUGUCAUACAUUCUGGAUUCAUUACAAAUCAACUGAAAUAUUGCAAGCCUUUUAUUAUUUUAAUAUUGGUGAUCUUACAGCUUAAGAAAACUCAAAUAUCCUAUCUCUGUUAUGAUUCGGUUUUGUCGAGGACCCAAACGCAGGAGAGCAGGAGCCAGGAGUUCCCAACAAAAAAGGGUUUAUUUACAAAAAGGCAAAAACAAAGCACUGCAGAGCAGGAUUAACAAAAAACCAGGAACAGGAAAAACGACAAGGAGACAUGGAGGAAUAACCAGUUUUUGUUCUGCUUUUGAUCCUGCCCAGCAGCAUUUUUGGUUUUGUUUUUUGCUCAAUAAAUCCUGUUAUGUUGCAAAUUCCUGCCUCCUGCUCUCCUGCGUUUGGGUCCUCAACAACCACACCUUGUGACAAUCUCAAAAAAUCUGAAUAUUCUGGGAAUCUUAAUCUUAAACUGUAAGCCAUAAUCAGCAAUAUUAAAAUAAUAAAAGGCUUGCAAUAUUUCAGUUGAUUUGUAAUGAAUCCAGAAUGUAUGACAUUUUUGUUUUUUUAAUUGCAUUACAGAAAAUAAAGAACUUCAUCACAAUAUUCUAAUUGAGAAAGCCCUGUACACCAACCACAAACGACAACAAACUUACUAAUUCUUACUAUAGCAAUUGCCAAUUAGAAAAAUGCUGCUACAUUUCCACAGCUACUGUACUGUAGGUGCGGAGAUGACAGACCAGCUGAUUUGGUUCUCAGUCUCAGUCUCAGGAACUUAUCCAUGAAGGAAAUGACUAAAGCAGCCCUUCCUGGAUCUGUUCGAUCCAUCUGUCUGUGUCUGGGGCUCAGGGUUUUGACGACAUGUGUAAAAUGUAUCCGAUAUGCUCUCACAAAUGGGAUUUGCAAGGUCCCUUUCUUGAUGUCACAUUUAUGUGUCCCACAUGUACCGUCUGCAUCUGUGCUUGUUUCAGUGAUGUCAGAACAAAACUACUGCCUUUGAGUGGUUAAAUUAUGACUUUUCAUGAUGUAUUCCUUGUACAAAGCUCCCGUAUAUGGAACUUCACUUAUCAUAUUUUUAAAGAACAUUUUUGACAAAUGUGUUUCACAUCUACAAAACAACUGACUGAGAAUGAGCACACUAAAGGCCAGUGAUAAGUUAUAGUCUGAUGAUGUCCAGAGUUUCCCUGCAGACCUAAAAAUAAAGUUUUUUUUUCCAUCUUUCAUGUCCAAUGCUUUUCCAUAGACUUGCUUUGACUUUUUGACAUUUUCUGUGAGAAACUACAUCUAACAACAAACGUGUGUUUGCACAGUUGGCCCAGGUUGUGGUGUUGUCUGUUCA